CUGUUGGCACCGGGGCAUUGUGGGUAAAAAAUAAAAAAAAAAAAAUCGACAACAUUUCGACUGAUUUAUGAAAGGUUGUCAAAAGUGCUGGGUUCAACCCUCUUACCGGAGGUAUCCAGGUCCAAGGCCGCCUCCUCCCCGCUGCCAUGCUGCGUAUCGGUCGCCACGCAGUAUGCCGGGGACUCACGGCGAGCUCGCCCCGUGUGCGCGGCUGGAGGAGCGGCCCGGCGAGCAGCAAGCCCCCGUAUCCCGCUCGGGGAUUAUUCAACCGGGGGACGCAGGUAACGAACUGCGGGAGGGGCCUCGCGUUCUCCAGACACAGAAGGUUCCGUUCGCCGGCCGGAGCUGAGGGUCCGGAGGGAGGGGGCUCCGGCCGGCAACCCGACAUCUCGGUGGUGGGCACCCCGGAUCCGAUCACAUGGAUCCGGUGCAAAGUCACCUUACUCCUCAUUGAGCUCUGGUUCGACCUGGACGUCAAUUCGAAUGACUUUGAAAGAGGAGUGAAGCAGGCAUUGGUGCACGUUUCCAGCCUGAUGGCCAAAGGAAAAUACGAUGAACUCAUUGGCGUGGUUUCCGCUGAGAUGAUUCGCUACAUCGAGGAGAGGUGUCAGCUUCUCUCGCAGCGUCACAGGCAGCAUCUGGCCGUCUCCACGGACGACAUUAUAUUUGUGUUACCGGAGGACGUCUCUGUCGUCUUUGAUACGCACGGUAGAAAGUUUUGCACUGUCGUCAUGAGGCUUUGGCAUCUGACGACGCUGGACGGUCCCGACGACCCCGAAGGCGCCAGGAUAUUCCGAGUAUCCCCCGGGCCAGACGGCAUCCCGCGGAAGAAAGUGGCAACGGCUGUCUACGAUUCUGUCAGGAGGACUGGGUCAGGAUUCCAGCAGAGCUUCUGGAUGGUUAACCCCAAACAUUUGACUUUGGGCAUGCAGUUCAAAGGAAAUGAUACUCCAUACAAAGGAAAUGUUCCAACGUGAACUAACAAAGGGAGCCCCCCAGGAGUGGAUGGUGACCACCGUUUGGCACUGGAACUGGAAAACAACUGAGUGAACGUCAUCAGAAAUAAAGCCAAUGGAGGAUUUGAAAACCUUUACACUAGAAACCCUCCCAGAUGCUCUGCUUUUGGCCCAUUACGUGUACAUCAGCACUUUAAAUUCUCAUGAGGUUAUUAAACUUAUUGAUAUGACCCAUCACAUUUUAAAUGCACUUAAAACUCCAUUUACCUUUUUUUUUUUUUUUUUAAUGAACAAUUGCUGCUGCUUUAUUGAAUUUUUCUGAAUUAAAGAUCAAAAACUCAGUAUGUGCCCAUCACGAGUCACCUUUUUUGUCCCACUGGUGCCACUUUUAACUUACUACUAGGCAAUUAAACUUACUAGUUAACUACUGAGUUCCACUAGUAACAUGACUCAGCCCAACUAGUAGGCAUGUCUCACACACUAGUAGCCUUCUUGGAUCCUAAUUAAGAAAUGUGCACUAAUAGUUUUGGCCCAAGUUAACAUGUAAAAUGGAAGGUGAAGUACUGUAAUUUCCGACCUAUAAGCCGCAACUUUUUUCACACACUUUCAUCUAGCGGCCGCAAGGGGCCACUCGAGCGGAAAAGGUAAGAGUGAGACUGGGUGGAGUAUAUGUGCUGAGGAAGUGACUUUUACUGGUAUGUUUUUGGUUUUUUUUUUUAACUGACCCCGUUAGCGCUGUGCUAGCGUGUUGCUGCAGUGUUACUGCUGUGUCUGAUUUUUUACCGAAAUAUAUUUUUUAACCGGCCCUGUUAGCACCACACUAGCAUUAGCGCCGCACCAAUGUUAAUGCCGCGCUCGCAUUAGAGCUAUGCUAGCGUGUUGCUGCCGCGUCUCAGUAAUUUAGGUAUGUUUUUUUUCUUUUUUUUAACUGGCUCUGUUAUUGCUGUGCUACUGUGUAGCUGCCGUGUUUUUU